CAUGUACACAAGCAAUUGGAUGUUCCCGGCGGGUGUGCGCCGUCUUCAAUCGGAUCAGCGUUGCCUCCCUGAAACUCGUCAACCUGGCCGCGACAUAACAAACAAGGUUUUUUUUUUUUUUUUUUUUUUUUCUCUCGUCAAGAACCAAGCUUACUUCACGCUACUUACUCCUACCCUUUUGUUGUCUAAGGACUCCUGUUGGCCUGUUGCUGCUGCUGCUGUUGUUGGGCGUUGAACCUACCAGUCGUGCUUACGUACCUUUCCCUACCUACCUACCUACCACUCGCCCUUUUAUCUUUUACUUGGUUACCAGUCGUUCUCGUCGCGCGGACUCGAAAUGUCAUCGGAAGUCUUCCGCAGAGUGGGCCGCGGAGGUGCGGGCAAUUGGUAUAGUAAAAAGGACAUUGAGGAUGCCGAGAAGGCGGCUGCUGAUCUCGAAGCGCAAAAGAAGUCUUCUUCCGGUUCUACCUCGCCAACAACCCUCGAGCGCUCCAUCACCGCACAAACCAGUCUCAGCAGCUCGCGAGCCGGUGGUCGCGGCGGCGCCGGCAACUUCUACGACGCCUCGGCAACCGACGCGGCCGCCGCCCAGCAGCAGGAGGAGGAGAAGGAGGCCGAGCUCGAGGAGCUGACGCGCGUCGUGACGGCGAGCAUCCAGCGGCCGAACCUCUCCGGCCGGCUGAGCGGGCGUGGCGGCGCGGGCAACUACAACGAUAACGCGGCGCGAAGCGCCCAGCAUCGACUGGACCCAGAGCAGCAGCGCAAGAUGAUAGAGGAUCUUAACGCGAGGGUGUUGCAGGAUGUGGAGGCCGGGCUGGCAAUGCCGAGACCGGCGUAUCAUGCCAAGUUUGAGCUAAAGCAUGAGAGGUUGGUGUCUGCUGAGCCUUGAGACGUACCCUUGAUGAUGAGGGUCUGCGUAAAAAAGGUGGAUGAAGGGAUAUGUGUGAUGAGAUGGGUGGUCAUGGUUCUGGUUCUGUUCACGUUUCGUUGGGUUGGUCAAAAGGGAGUUUGGGAAAGAGAUGGAAAACGAUGCACAAGCAAACCCAUGCACAUCGCUACAAUCGGGAAGUAGGAGGAACCGAUUGGUAUGCUGUGUAAUGGGCAAUGAUACCCCCUUUAGUCCCCUCAAGCAGGCAAGUUUUGAGCGGGCUCUGGAUUACGACACCGUCAGACUGACGGGAAGAAGCAGGGCUGUUUACCGAUAGCCAAAAAUUUGCGAUGGAGGCCUUGUUAACGACGUUUAUGUAUGUUUAUCAUUUUCGGAUCUUGAUCAUCCGUUAGGUGGAGUUGACGCAAAGCAUUCACUUCCACGGAAGCGGCAUCAAUCUCGACAUUGACGUGCGGGCAGUCCGCACAAGUUAUCGGCUCAGCAUACGAAUUGUAUAAGCUGGUUGAGCGAUAGUUGACAACAUGUAGCAGGUGUGAGCGGACGGCGACGAUAGUGAUGAUAGUCUAUGAUGUGUGUAACGAAGCGUUGCCUAUGCGCUAAGCGAGUCCGAGCCUCUGUUAGUCGCAUAUUCACCUCCCAACGCUUGGCAGCGCUCAAG